GAGUAAUCAUUUGUACAACAAUUUUACCAGAUACUAACCCUACACCUCCACUAGAAUUUCCUUCAGAUGGACAUGUAAGGAUUAUACAAGCACCUGAACCUUAUAAUUUAACUCAGCCACCAAUGUUUUAUUUUGGAAACGAUGAAACAAUAACAGAUGGACCAACUAACAAUUUCCAUGAAACAAUCGAAAAGCAAUUUAAUGAUGGUGUAUCAAAACCGUCUUCACAACCUAUCAAUGUCAUUGCUAAGAUAUCCGAAAAUUAUACUGAAAAUUAUAUCGAAAAUAAAUAUUACAAUAAUCACAUUGAUAGCUGGACAUCAAUUACAUUAAGUUUAAUUGUACUUACAGUUAUUGCGGUCAUGGUGCUGGCAUGUUCGGCAUUAUGUUUGAAAAAAGUUCAAAACUUGAAGAUAUCAAAACGAGAACUGCUGAUAGAAGAUUGUGAUGAUUCUGUAAUGAAAGAUUUAAUACACAUUCAGCGUGUAUAAAUUAUUUACCAUAAAUAAAGAAAUAUAAUAUAUCAAUAAAUGCAAA